ACCCUCGAACUGGUCUCAAACUUCGGCAGCAGCCAAGCUGCACAGUCGACAUGGCUACCGAUUUAAUAACGCAAUAUUUUCCUAAAGACAGAUAAAUCUUCCAAGUGUUUUGGAAUGAGAUUUGUCACGUGACAUGAUGUGCAUCCACGAUGUGUGACAACGUUUGAAGAACAAUUAAGUUUGGAAGAAAAAUCUUGAUUCCAGUGGAAUCUUCCAUAUUUUUUUCUUUGUAAAAAAAACUGUCCAGUGAUGCCUGUGCAAGCCCCACAAUGGACGGAGUUCCUGCUGUGUCCCAUCUGCACGCAGACGUUCGAGGAGACGGUGCGGCGGCCCAUCUCGCUGGGCUGUGGCCACACCGUCUGCAAGAUGUGCCUGAACAAGCUCCACCGCAAGGCCUGCCCCUUCGACCAGACAGCCAUCGCCACCGACAUCGAGCAGCUGCCGGUAAACACAGCCCUACUGCAGCUUGUGGGGGGACAGGUUCCCAAGGUUCAGCCGGUGGCCCUGAUCACCAGCCCAGAGGACUCGCAGCACUAUGAGGAGGCUAGGCAGUGUGUAGAGGAGCUGGCCCUCUACCUCAAACCCCUCAGCAACAACAGAGGGGUGGGUCUAAGCAGCACAGCCCAGAGCAUGCUGAGUCGGCCCAUGCAGAGGAAGCUGGUGACCCUGGUCCACUGUCAGCUGGUGGAGGAGGAGGGCCGUGUGCGGGCCAUGAGGGCAGCCAGGUCUCUGGGGGAGCGCACGGUCACAGAGCUCAUCCUACAACACCAGAACCCACAGCAAUUGUCAUCCAAUUUGUGGGCCGCCGUCCGGGCCCGGGGAUGCCAGUUCUUGGGCCCAGCCAUGCAGGAGGAGGCUCUGAAGCUGGUGCUGCUGGCUCUGGAGGAUGGCUUGGCCCUGUCCAGGAAGGUUCUGGUGCUGUUUGUGGUCCAGAGGUUAGAGCCACGCUUCCCCCAGGCCUCCAAGACCAGCAUAGGCCACGUGGUGCAGCUCCUCUACAGGGCCUCCUGCUUCAAGGUGACCAAGCGCGACGAGGACUCGUCCCUGAUGCAGCUGAAAGAGGAGUUCAGGACGUAUGAGGCACUGCGGCGCGAACACGACUCCCAGAUUGUGCAGAUCGCCAUGGAGGGUGGCCUCCGCAUCGCUCCCGACCAGUGGUCCUCCCUGCUCUAUGGGGACCAGUCCCACAAGUCCCACAUGCAGUCCAUCAUCGACAAGUUGCAAACUCCAGCAUCGUUUGCCCAGAGCGUUCAGGAGCUGACCAUCGCCUUGCAGAGGACGGGCGACCCCGCCAACCUUAAUCAGCUCCGACCACAUCUGGAACUACUGGCCAACAUCGACCCUAGCCCCGAUGCCCCCCCUCCCACGUGGGAGCAGCUGGAGAAGGGUCUGGUGGCGGUGAAGACGGUGGUCCACGGCCUGGUGGACUUCAUCCAGAACCACAGCAAGAAGGGAGCCGACCCACAACAGCCUCCCCAGCACAGUAAAUACAAGACGUACAUGUGUCGGGACAUGAAGCAGAAGGGGGGCUGUCCCCGAGGAGCCAGCUGUACCUUCGCCCACUCUCAGGAGGAGCUGGAGAAGUACCGUAAGAUGAACAAGCGUUUGGCGGCUCGCCUCCCUGGCUCAUCCAGCCUGCUGUCGGAUGACUGUCUCCCUCUGGACAUGGGGGUGACCCGGAACACCUCGCCCCUUACCAACGGCUCAGAUGGACACCCCAUGCCCCAGCUCAUCACCCGCGGCACGGACGCCGUGACCUACGACCUGUUGUGCAAGCCCAAGAUGGACGGUGGGAGCAGCAGCUCUCCGGGAUCGCCCCCUGACUCUCUGGAUUCAGGGCCCAAACAAGGGUUCCUUCAGCCUCCCCUUGCCAUGGGCCACCCCAGGGGGUCAGGCGACCCCAUGCCCAAACAGAUGCCCGUAGGUGUGAUGCCCCGGGGGCCUCAGAUGUACCCCCAGCAGCUGCCUGACAUGUACUACUCCGACUCACGCCCACUGCCCUCCGCCUCCCAGUACGAGCCUUCGCAGUACCCUCAAGGAUACCCCUACCAGCAGCCCCCCCAGUACUCCACCCAGCGCUACAUCCGAAACCUCCCUACCCCCAGCGAGCCCGCUGGACCCACCUACCAGGACCCCUAUCCCGGCUAUGGCCCUCCCGAGCGCCCUUACCCAGCUCCCCACUCCGGCACCCCCUACUCCUACCUUCCCCACUAUGACACCCGGGGCCGCCACGGCCCUUACCCUGGCCCCCAGCCAUACCCCUCGCAGAGGGACGACAUGGUCCGGAUGAGCCCUGCUCCCCUGGACAUGCCACCUAACCACCACUACCAACAGGAGCAGGCGGCCAGGGAGAGGUACCCCCCAGAGGGGUACUACCCAACUGGGGCCCAGACUCAAUCCGUGAGGUCCAACGUCAGGGAGCAGUACAGACGCUCCUCCCAGCCCAGCCUGGACUACCUGCACCAUCGCCGCAAGGAGCUGAUGGCCCAACUAGAAGAGCGCAAGGUCAUCUCCCCACCACCAUUCGCUGCCUCCCCCACCCUUCCCCAUGCCUUUCCUAGUGACUACCCUCCUGAGUAUGGGGAGGAAAGCUCCAAAGCCUUUGGGAAGUGCAGGGAGCCGGACUACGCCGGCCAGUAUUCUCCCUGGUCCUGUGACACUAUCGGCUCCUAUAUUGUCACCAAGGACGCCAAGCCCAAAGACAUCAUGACGCCCGGCGCCAUGGAGAUGAUGAAUGUGGAUGGUAAAGGUCUACGGGGGGAGCCCUCCAUGGAGGCCCAGGCCAGGCGGGGGGCAGAGGUCAAAGACGACGACCCCAUCAUCCCCUUCGGCCCCCAGCCCACCGUGUCGCGCUUCGGUGCCAUCUCACGCACCUCCAAGACAGGCUACCAGACGACAGGCCCCGUGCAGGCCAUGGCCUCCGCCCAGGGACCCAAGCACAUGGCCGCGGAGUUCUCCUAUGGGCACCACGGAGGCUGGGGCGGCGCCUCCUACCCCUCCCAUCAGACUGGCUCCUCCUCUCAGGGACACUUCAGUGAAAAGCUGUCUAUGCCAGCUCAGGACAGAGAGCAUCUGAAGAUUGAGCUCCAACAGGUCAACCAGCAGAUCACCCAACAGACCCAGACCCACGGCAUGGAGAGGGAGGUCAGUGCCCUGGCGGCCCAGCCCUCCCAACCAUGUCAGAACCAGGGCCAGCAGGGGAAGUGGCCCGGUCCAGUGGGGGUUUCCAGCAAUGCUGCCUUGGUGUCUAGCGAGCAGCUCAGCAUGGAGCUGCACCAGGUGGAGAGGGAGAUUGGCAAGAGGACUCGCCGGAUAGACAUGGACAGUCAGGUGGCUCAUGAAGUCCAGUACAAGAUGAAGGCUGCACAGAAUGGCCAGCAGGACCACAAGACCCAGCUGGAGGAGAUUGCUCUGGCCCUCGGUGAGGUAUCUAAUGGCUCCAGCGGUCUAGGUCAGGACGGUGGUGUGGGCGGAGCCAUGUUGUCACUGACCAAUAAAGCGUCUUCGCUCAGCCUGUGUUCUGAGCCGGGGCCCGGGGUCUCAGAACUGCAGAAGAAUGGUAUGGUCCAUUCCUGCUCCUAGACCACACACACACACACACACACACACACAACACCUACUCAGACACUGUGGUGUAAAACAUACAGACAGAAGAUGAGCAGUAUCUGCUGUGAUAGUUUUUCUUUCUUUUUUUGUUCUGUGAAUGAGCUUCUUUUUUUUUAUUUUUUUACUUUCAUUGCCUGGAAACCAGGGCAUUUGAUAACGUUUACUUUUUUGUUUUCGUUUCUCUAACUGGGACUAUAAAACAAGCCUCUCAAAGUAAUGGAAAAGCAGAUGAUGAUGAUGAUAUUUGUUCAGAGGGCUAUCCCCCUACAUAGACAUCACAUAUCAAGACCCAUUGUAGAUUGAUCGGUGGAGUAUUUCUCAAUUCUCCCCCUCUGUAUCUUUGUUCCCAUUACGAGGCACAUUAAGGGUAAGCAGCUUGCAGGGACUUUAAGACCCCAAAUACUAAAUCAACUUAUGCUCAUAUGUACUACAUAACGGUAUCAUAAGUCUUGGUGUUUACGACAGUUAUGUCAGCGGUUGUACGCAUCACAUAAGCAUCUGUUAUAAUCCAUUUUAGCCUGAUAUGACAGUUGUUGAUAGUUUCCGAUACCUUUGACAGCUUACGAAGGCAAUUAUAACCAACAUUUAGUCAGUGUAGUAACUGUUCCCUUCACGUUCAGUAAUAUAAGUGUUGUAACCGCUAGGGUUCAGGAAUACACCACCCCCAGAAUCGUAAACCGUGGUCGACCAGAUGAGGAAGGCCAGGGAAAGGGAGAGUGAAAAUGUUCAGCCAACCUUCAGAACCAAAGGAGACUAGGCCGCUUCAAGCCACAUGAGACCUCAUGAGAAGUCUGAUUUUAUUAGUGCAUUUUAUGAAUACAUCAUAUCUGUUUCAUACUUGAAAAGCAGUAUAUUAUUAGCCAAAGCAUUCUGUUUUAAAGAUUGCAAAAUGAAUCUUUUUGAUAAUGAGCUUUCCUCAUGUUUUCUAUAAGGGAACCUACUUUGUGCUUCUCGUGGGAUGUGGUGUGACUUGCUGCUGGCCGUGGAAAUGUCUGUUGUACUGAGGGGCUGGAAUUCAAUCAAACAUGCAGUGUGGAAAAUGCACUCAAGGGAGUGUAAUAAGUGUUAAAUUAACACAGUUGUAGAUAACAUGCAUUUUCACAUUGUAGGAACAUUUCCCUCGGUGCAAGAUGAAUUGAUGUGUGAAUGGAAUCAUAUGGGGUGAUAGUUUUUAUCUUCCUCAUCUGGUAAUCAGAAGACCUCCCCAUUGGGAUUAUCUUGUCAUUGGUUCUCUUUAACUUCUAUGAAGUUACUUUCCCUUGUUUUUUUUCUCUCGCUCACAUAAAUCGCAGUUAAGGGGCUGUAACCUACCUGAACGCUGGUCCGUUAUUGGAGGGGAAGUGAGAAAUGGAUUAAUAUGCAAAAAAUAAUUCUCAUCUUUCUCUUAAUACAUGUAGAAAGUGGCUGUAGUCUGCCAAACAAUAAUUUCAAUGGUUUGUGCGUCUCAGUCAUCAAUGAAAGAAAAGCAAAUUGUCUUUAAAAAAAAUUAUUUUGUCAUCUUACGAGCUUACUUUAAAAAAUCCUUCUAUUCCAUUUGUUUUUAACCACAUACUAUUACUUCAUUUUAGAACAAGUCAGGGUCGAGACACAUAUUAUUCAGUGUAUUAGUGGAUUCAAGACCAGAAUCUUGGGCCACAAUCUGGCGAGGUUUAAAGCAAGCAGCCAGAUAGCCUUGCCCCUCAAAAAGCCUCUGCCCAAAGUCUUCCUAACCUUCAACCUUGAAAACUUUUAGUGCAAACUUUCAUGAUAUUCUUCACAAUAUAGUUUUAUAGUAUUAUUAUCAUCAUUAUCAUUACGUUAUUUUUGCUUUCCCUGUCAUGGAAAUUGUUGGUGCCUGUUAAGGAGCGCUCUGCCUUUUGUAAACAAUCCUCAUGAUUGGCCAUCGAACACUCAAACGGUUAAGGAUAGAGGUGACGAUCAGGGUUCAUAGUUUGGGGGGGGGUUCAGCAUCUUGUCUGGGUUUAAGGUGUGUGUGGGGGGGGCAAUAGAAAUGAAGGUUGGGGAAAGGGUUUUUGUUUUUCUCCAACCACACUUCAAGCCUCAGGCUGCUCUUUAAUAGAUUUUAUUGUUUAGGUUAACAACUCACUUAUACAUAUGAGUAUGUAUACAUACAUUAAUAUACUAAGCACUAUUAACGUGCCACCUCUUAUUCUACUCGCUCAGCAUUUAUAUUAAAUGAUCUCUACUUAGAAUCAGCUAAAUGUUAUUUUUUUCCCUGUCCACUGGUUGCCAACACAGACUUUAUCCUUACCCAGUUGAAGGACUUCUGUGCGCAUUGAUGUGUAUUCACUUAAUCUUUUUGUGUUCAAACAAAUAAGUUCUAUAUUGAAAUAUGCUUCCAAAAGAAGACUCAUUUUAAUGAUGAAAAUUGAAGUUUUUUGUUGUGUGUGCUAGGUUGUAUUGUAGAAAAGGUACACUAUGGAUUUUUUUCAAAGUGAAGUGUGCUGUACUGGGUGACUGUGUGGAAAUAUUAGAAAUGUGAUGUUUUUGUUUUUUUAAGAGGUGAGCCGGCUAAGCCUUUAAUUUAGUCAAAGGCUUGCUUCUCAAGGAAUACUCCUCGGCCAUCCACGCCAACAGUAAGAUCAUUCGGAAGCACACUAAUCAAAUGAAAAGAGAUUUGAAUUGGCAUGCAUGUGUUUUCUCUUCACCUGUCAGUCACCUUUUGUCAUAUUUAUAACAAAACUUGUUUCUUCUGGCAAAAUGUCAUUGACUAGUUGGCUUUGUAGUUGUUUUUGUUCCUGUCGUUGUUGAGUGAAAAAUCACUGACUUCCAAGUCUUACGGUGAUCUACAUAUCGCCUCACAAGGCAAAGCAUCAUGUUGUCCAGGGAAACUGUCAAACGCAGCAUCGCUCUCAUCCACACACAGUUUGUCUUUGCUUCAGAAUAGUCAUGAAAAUUAGCUUGCCCACAUUUGUUAUUUCUGCUUAAGGAAAUACUAUCAAGGUCCCUCCAGCCAAGACCCUUAAAGAGUGAGAUCACUCCAAAUGUUGUCCAAUGUUUUCAGAUCUCAACAGUGGUCUAAUGUUGACAUGAGGCUAGCCUCUUUUUGAAUCAAAGAGUGUAAUACUUAAACACUUGUCUCUAACAUGUAGGCUCAGCAUACCCAAACAGUCCCAUUACAAGUCAGAAUAUUGAACAAACUCCAUUUCAACUUACUUUACUUGUUGUCUGCAGAUUUUGUCCCGAUGUUGGACACAAUCUGAUACAAAAUAUCCACAGGGAAGUGUUAUCAGCCCGACCUUCAGGACACAGGUCUGUAUAUCGGUUUGUAUUGCUGGUUUUAUUUUCCAAUACUGAUGCAAUUCGCACGUUACAGACACUUGCACAAUAUGGCCAAACCGAACAGACAGAAUGACAAACACUUCCAGCCGAUUGCACGUUCGGUCGACUUAGGCUAUUGUUUUACAUAUUGUGUAUCACGUGCAAUGCGUUAAGAAAUUGAAAAUACAAGCGUCAGAAUGUACCAGCGCCGCAAAAGGGCAGGUAAACAACACUUUCCUGUGGAUACCGUAUCUCCACCACCUACCAACAAAAGGACCAAACAGGAAAGUAAGUGUAAAUAUAAUUUUCCUCAUUCUGGCUUAUGGACUAUUGCGUCUCUUAGGGGGGCUUGGUCAAACUGAAAAUCCAUCGAGUAACCAUGGUAACAGUUUGACAUUUAGGCAAACAUGAGCUCACAUACCAUGCCAUCUGUUGUGUAGAUCCAGCCCUAAGCCUCAAUCCCGAAACCAAUGGCAAAGAUGUGCAUUCUAAUUCAGUGCCUAUUUUUUUCUACUCAUUGGGUUUAGGCAUAUAGCUGAAUAAACACUAGAUGAGGUGGGAUGUAAACUCAAAACAACAUUAAACUACUUGAGGUCUUAAAAUGUGCAACAAACUUUGAUUUGAGUGAGCUGUCCCUUUAAAUUCCAUAGCCGAGGAGAAGUAACAAGGAUGUGGUUUCUGGGAAGAGCAAUGAUCAUGAUCAUGUUCAUGUCAGUCGCCUGCUUUCAUUUGUUUCUGAGUUAAACUGCUGCCUUCCCCUUCUUCACACAGCCAACUCUCCCCAGAAUCACAAUAGUGUUACUGCUGUUUUGGGCUCACAUUUUAAUUUCUUUUUUUUUUUUUUUGAAAAACACAAUGGCUUUUUUUAUAUGAUUACUUCCUUGUAAUAUAUCUCUUAAAUUAAGGUACAGGUUUGAUUUCAGCAAGAAAAAAACGUUUUUAUAUGUAUAUUAUACUCCAUUAAGGAAUGUUUAGAAUUAUCUUCCUCCAAUGUGGAUGUAGACAUUAUUACGCCAUUUUAUGACUUUGUAAGAGAAUUCACUGUGUGAAAAUUGGUUUGCAUUUUUGUAUAAUACAAUCUGCUUUAUUAUUUUUGUUUGAUAUGAGAGUUAGGUCAAACUGGAAGUUUGAAGAGAGAAAUUAACCUGUGAAAUUGAGAAAUAAAAUAAAAAAUAACUUAUGUACAACAGUGAUUCUAUGCUGAGGGAGAAGGAUUAAAUGAUAUUGCUAACUCUU